AUGCCACCUCUCGAGCCGCUGCCACUCCCCGACCGAUCCUCCGAGGAGCCUGCAUCCGAGUUCGUCGACGGGGCACCACUUGGCCACCCGGCCACUAGGCCGCAGGAGGCCGAGUGCUUCAUCCAGCGCGACCUGGCCACGGACUCCGCGGAGACGGCGCUGCACCUAGCCCUCAUCGCGCAGCCGAGCGGGUUCACCGUUGGAUGCUCCACAUCGGAGGUUCUGCUAGCAGUCAUGGCUGCAUCAGGGGUGGCGGCGGACGAUGUCCGGGUCAAGAAGUUCUACCCGGAGCAAUUCAUCAUCUUGUGCAGUUCACCGACGAUCAAGAACCGGGUGCGGGCGGCAUCGCCGAUACCGCUCAACGACACGCCGCUAGUGCUCCUACCCUGGACUCGACUGGCGCACGCAAACCUAUCGACGCUACAGUACAAGCUCACCGUCGAGCUUGAGGGGGUGCCGCCGCACGUCUGGCAUGAAGACACCGCAGCCAAGCUCCUCGCGCCGUACUACUGGAUACAGAGCAUCGAGCCAAUCACGGCCGCCGCCGAUGACCUAUCCUCGUUCCGCCUCACAGCAUGGACGAAUAAGCCGAGCUCCCUGCCACAAAUCUUAUGGCUCAAUGUCGUAGAGCACGAGGUCAGAUUAGCGGAGACCGGAGGGGUCAGAUUCCGCGGGACUCAACCAUUCCUGUGGAAGAAGGACACGAUGCGGUACAGGAUCAUCGUCCACCUGAGAUGCGUUCAUGACUACUCGCCGCAGCCGGAUUACAGGGGUGAUGGAUCCUCGUCCGAUGACCCAGCCGAGGAUGGCAGGAACAGCAGGCAUCACCACGGCCACCGUGACUCCAGCACAGAGAUCUACCCCUUCCCCUGCCGCCGUGGCGAGCCGGACGGCAAUGCUCCGGGGACAUCAGGUGGCGACGGACAGGACAGAAACCGGGACCGCUAG